CCCCGCGUUCGGGCUCCCGCUCCUGCACGCUGCGGCGCUGCACUGGUGCUCACAGAGGUUGCACACCCACGUGCUCGCUCACCCUCGCAUGCACACGCAGGGGCCACAGCUGAGCACCGGUGCCAUCGCACACUCACGGCCCUGUGCACGCACAGUCUGUGCCCUCGUACACAUCCCCCUUGCACACCUGCCCUCGUGCACCUCCCAGUGCACACCUGUCCUCGUGCACACCCCCCGCACGCGUGCACGCGCCCCCACCCGCGCCCCCGCGGGCCCCGCGGCAGUCACGUGACGCGGUGGGCGGGGCUUCUCUCCCGGUGCGGCCCCGGUCGCUGUGGCGACCGCGUGCCGUCGCUCGCGCAUGAGCGGGGCCGCCUCCCGCCGCCUCAGCAUCCCCGUGCCCUCGGGGUCCGCGCGCGCCUUCGGCCAGCGCGGCACCGGCGGCGUCACCUCAGGUUUUCCCUUGCUCAGUCCGCUUUGGGUGUGUCUCGGUUCCCGAAAGUUACCUCAGGGUUUCUAACCCUUGGGUUUCUCGCCUUUCAGCUUCCCCCCAGGUUUUCCCUCACAAACCCUUCCCCCUCCAGGGUUCCUGUCCCCGACCUGCCCUAAUUCCCCCUCAGACCUGUUCCCAGCUUCCCCUUUUCCCUGCAUCCCUCCCCAGCUCUUUUUCUCCAUACUUUCCCCUUCUCCCCCAGCCUCCCUCGCUCGGGGGUCCUUCCCCUCUGUGCUUCCCUCCCACAGGGGGUGCAGAUGCGCAGGCUUAGGCUUGCCCCAGCCUCUUCCCAGCCCCCGGUGCCCUCCAGUCCCGCCGAGUGAGCUGUGGGGCUGGUCUGGAUGGGUGGGGUGACCUGUGGGGGCAGUCUGACCCGAGAGGGUGGAGCUGACCCCAGUGUGUGUCACUGACCUCCAUGUGUGGGGCUGACCCCAGUGUGUGGGGCUGACCCCCGUGCGUGUGUGUCACUAACUCCCGCGUGUGUGACUGACCCCUUUGUGUAGGGCUGACUGGGCGUGUGUGAGGCUGACCCUGGUGAUUGUCACUGACCCCAGUGUGUGUGACUGACCCCUGUGUGUGAGGCUGACCCUGGUGAUUGUCACUGACCCCAGUGUGUGUGACUGACCCCUGUGUGUGAGGCUGACCCUGGUGAUUGUCACUGACCCCAGUGUGUGUGACUGACCCCUGUGUGUGAGGCUGACCCUGGUGAUUGUCACUGACCCCAGUGUGUGUGACUGACCCCUGUGUGUGAGGCUGACCCCCAUGUCUGUCACUGACCCCAGUGUGUGUGACUAACCCCUGUGUGUAGGGCUGACUGGGUGUGUGUGUCACUGACCCCAGUGUGUGUCACUGACCCCAGUGUCUCUCACUGACCCCCGUGUCCGUCACUGACCCGCUGUGCGGUGCCCGGGGCGAUGGCCGCAGAGGCGGUGAAGGUGGCCGUGCGCUGCCGGUUGCUGAGCGGGCGUGAGGCAGCCCUGGGCCACCAGGCCAUCGUCGGUGUGGACAGCGCGUGGGGCCGGUGCUUGGUGCGGGACCCUGCGGCCCCCGCCGAGCCCCCCCGGCAGUUCUUCUUCUUCGACGCGUUUGGUGGGGAGCACAGCACCGAGCACGUCUACAACGAGAUCGCCUACCCGCUGGUGGAGGGUGUGAUGGGAGGCUACAAUGGCACCAUCUUUGCCUACGGCCAGACUGGCAGUGGGAAGUCCUUCACCAUGCAGGGACUUGCAGAUUCUUCUUCACAGAAAGGGAUCAUUCCCAGGGCAUUUGAACACAUCUUUGAGAGUGUACAGUGUGCUGAGAACACCAAGUUCCUGCUGAGAGCCUCCUACCUGGAGAUCUACAAUGAGGACAUACGAGACCUUCUCGGAGCUGACACCAAGCAGAAGCUGGAGCUGAAGGAGCACCCAGAGCAGGGGGUGUACAUGCAGGGGCUGUCCCUGCACACCGUGCACAGCGUGGCCCAGUAGCAGCUGAUGGAUGUGGGCUGCAGGAACAGAGCAGUGGCCUUCACCCUGAUGAACAAGGGCUCCUCCUGCUCCCACUCCAUCUUCUAGCUGACUGGGAAUUGUUUCCCACAUGAGCGAGGGCAGGAUCACCUUAGGGCUGCCAAACUCAACUUGGUGGAUCUGGCAGGAAGUGAGAGACAGGCAAGGACUGGUGGCACAGGGGAGAGGCUCAAAGAGCCCACCAAAAUCAACCUUUCCCUGUCUGCCCUGGGCAACGUCAUCUCGGCCCUGGUGGAUGGCAGGUGCAGACACAUUCCCUACCGAGACUCCAAGCUGACCAGGCUGCUCCAGGACUCCCUGGGGGGGAACAGCAGGACCCUGAUGGUGGCGUGUGUGUCCCCAGCUGAUGACAGCUACGAGGAAAGCCUCAGCACCCUGCGCUACGCAAGUCGAGCCAGGAACAUCAGGAACAAGCUCUGCAUCAACGAGGACCCUAAGGACACCCCCCAGGAGCACCAGGAAGAGAUUAAGAAGCUGAAGGCCAUUCUGGCUGAACAGAUGGGCACGAGUGACUUGUCAGGGCUUCUACCUGCUGAGGCUGCUCACCUGGGAGCAAAUCCAGCUCCCUGCCUCAAACCCCAGGUGGAUCUGGAAGCAGAGAAGCAGCUGAUCAGAGAAGAGUUCCAGGAGAGGCUGGCCCAGCUCCAGGCCAGCUACCAAGCAGAGCAGGCAUCCCAUGCCCGCCUGGAGAAGGACAUCAGCAGCCUGAGGGAUGACUUUGAUCUCAAGGUGUCUGUUCUCCUGGAUCUCCUCAGGAAGGAAGCAGCUGACACACGGACUAGAACAAUGUCUGACCACACACCUUCAUGUGAAGAUGCUGUUGCUGCAGCACGUGAAGAGCCAACAUCAGCCCACGACCCAGAAGCACCUGGGACUGUCACAGACACCAGUGGGGUGAGCAGGGGCAGUGCUGGAGCAGUGGGAGCUGUCACUGCCCUGGGGAUUUCCCUGCCUGCAGACCAGCAGCUGGUGCUCGCCAGGCUGCAGGUGCUGCAGCAGCAGGUGCUCGGGGGGGAGCAGGCUCAGAACAAGGACCUGAAGGAGAAGCACAAACGGCGGAAGCAGCAUGCGGACGAGCGGAGGCUGCAGCUGGCGGCCGCCCUGCAGGAAUCCAGCGAGGACAGCCGUGAGCAGGCUCUCCUCAAGGUCUAUGACUCCAUCCAGGAGGAGGUUCGAGCCAAGAGCAAGGCGCUGGAGAAGCUGCAGGAGAAGCUCCGGGCUGCCCAGACUGAGAUCCAAGACCUGCAGUUGGAGUUUGGGCUGGAGAAGAUGGAUUACCUGAGCACCAUCCGGUGCCAGGAGCGAGAGCUGCUGCUCUGCCAGCAGCUGCUGGAUCAGGUGCAGUCCCUCGUGCAGCGCGACUGCAACUACAGCAACCUGGAGAGGAUCCGCCCUGAGUCCGUGUGGGACGAGGGGAGCGGCUGCUGGAAAAUCCCAAAGCCUGUCAUUCAAAGAACCCACCUGCCCGCAGCGGUUCUGGCCCUGCCACAGCCCAAACCUGGCCGGACAAGCCCCUCGAAUGAGAGCAGGGAGACAGCGCCCGAGGAAGACCACUACAGGCUGGUGCUGGACAGGAGCGACAGUGAGACCAUUGCCAGCAACUACUUGCGAUCCCGGCGAGCCAGCCAGAUCCUUCAGCCGGACCAAGCUCCCGCGGGCUCCGACGGGGCUGCGGGCAGCACCGUGCCCCAGGCCCGGCCUUUCCGCCUGCAGUCCCUGGCCCUGGCGCUCAGCGCCGACACCAAGAGCAGGAAGCAGUGCCCGCCGCUUCUCAUCCACCGCGGGCGUGGGUGGCCCGGGACAGCGGCGGGGCCCUCCUCGUCCGUGGCGAUAGCGGUCGCGCUGAGUCGCGAUAGUGCUGUCGCGACAGCGGCCGCGACGGGGCGCGACAGCGCUUGCGCUGCGUCCUAGCGUCGCGGACCUGUCUGUCGCUGAU